GUUUACGAUUUGCCUUCCUCGGUGGAGAGCUUCUGAUACGCGCAGACCUGGCUCACUUUGGCGUCUCUUCGCACUCCAGUCCCGAGAUCCCGGCAGGAGAUCCGUGAUCCGAUUCCGGAAAGAGGGGUCUGAUCCGGAUCCCUCGGGCCUCGUGGCUGCCAGGGUGACCCUGGGGCAAGUUUCGCCAGCUGGGCCUCAAAUUCCCUUGUGUGGACCAGAGGUUCCCGGGUGGGAUGAGCAGUGCGGUUCUCCCAUCCUGAGCCUUUGUGACUUUAUGGGCAAAGUGGCCGCACGUCCCUGAUCCCUACAGGUCUUGGCCAUGAACGCCCCCGGUGGAAGGAGGCAGGAAGGACCGAGAUGUGCAGCUGUCUAAGGCCCUGUCCUAUGUCCUACGCCAUGGAGCUCUGAAGCUGGGACUUCCCAUGCGAGCUGGCCUAGCCUUUGUUCCAGCUGCCUGUGGCUCCCCCGUUAAGCACACCCCCGCCUGGCUGCCCGCAGAUGGCUUUGUACCCCUGCAAGCUCUCCUGCGGCUGCCCCAGUUCCACAGCUUCUCCGUUGAGGAUGUGCAGCGCGUGGUGGAUAACAACGGAAAGCAGCGGUUUGCCCUGCAGCCAGGCGAGCCCAGCACUGGCCCUCUCAUCAGGGCCAAUCAGGGCCACUCCCUACAAGUACCUGAGUUGGAGCUGAUGCCCCUGGAGACACCACAAGCCCUGCCUUUGAUACUAGUCCAUGGUACAUUCUGGAAGCAUUGGCCAUCUAUUCUACUGAAGGGCUUGUCACGCCAGGGAAGGGCGCACAUCCACUUGGCCUCAGGAUUGCCUGGCGACCCUGGUGUCACCAGUGGCAUGCGUCCAAAUUGUGACGUGGCGGUGUUCAUCGAUGGACCCCUAGCUCUGGCAGAUGGAAUCCCCUUCUACCGCUCUGCCAACGGGGUGAUCCUGACUCCAGGGAACACUGAAGGCUUCCUGCCUCCCAAGUACUUCAAGGAGGCCCUGCAGCUGCGACCCACCCGAAAGCCUCUCUCCUUGGCUGGCGAUAAAGAGGCGGAGUAUCAGAGUGGCGCCAGGCACAGCUCCAGAGGAGGAAGAAGAAAGAUCCAACAAUAAAAUAUGUAUUUAUUUUUAAAAAAACAAAAACCCAACAACUCUGAAAACUGUCACGGGAAGAAAGUCCAGUUUGAAAGCAG